GUGUGCGACGCGCGCGCGCCGAGCGAGUACGAGGACGACCACGUCCCGGGAGCGAUAAGCACCCCAGUGCUUGAUGACGAAGAGAGGAAACGUGUGGGAACUAUAUAUAAGCAAGUCGACCCGUUUGAGGCGAAGAAACUCGGGGCAGCGCUCGUGGCACAAAACUUGAGUAAGAUAAUUGAUGAAAAUUUCAUGGCUUGCGAAAAGUCGACGAAGAUUUUAGUUUAUUGUUGGCGCGGCGGUGAGCGGUCGCUCAGUCUGGCGCACGUGCUCAGCAGAAUUGGUUUUGAUGUUCACUUUGCCCCCGGCGGGUAUAAACGUUACCGAGCUGGCGUGCUCGAAUGGUUGCGAGGGAUGGAUCAAUUUUCCUAUCACGUCGUCGCGGGAAAAACCGGUUGUGCAAAGGGUAAGUUAUUGGACGCUCUCGAAGCCGCGGGUGCGCAGGUGAUCGAUUUAGAAGUGAUGGCAAAUCAUCGUGGCUCGAUUCUAGGGGAAGAACCCGGCGCACGCGAGCAGCCAAGUCAAAAACUUUUUGACUCUCGCAUCGCGUGCAAGGCGCGCCGGUUCGAUCCCACAAGGCCCGUGUUCGUCGAGGGCGAGAGCUCAAUGAUUGGAAAAGUCCAAGUGCCCAGCACGAUGUGGUCAGGCAUGCGCAAAGGAGCGGUGACACAGCUGGAGAUACCCAUGUCGGAGCGCGUGAAGUGGAUUCGAGCGGGGUACCAGCACUUUGAGACGACGGAGACGGAUCGCUUGUUGGAGUGUAUAGAUGUUCUCGUGAAGCGCGUCGGACACGAGAGGGUGAAUGCGUGGAAGGCGCUCAUCGCCGGUGGAGACUGGGAUGCUUUCGUGCAAGAUAUACUAGAAGAACACUACGACUCGGCGUAC